UAUUAUAUAAUUUCAAUGAUCUUGCAUUUAAUCAUUAUGUUUCGGUUAAAAUCAAGCCUCAAAUUAUGACAACUUCUGAACGAUUGCGACAUUAUACACCAGAAAGGCGCCAAUGCUACUACCAAUAUGAACGUAAUUUGAGGUAUUUUACGAAGUAUACUCAAGCUAACUGUGAGUUGGAAUGUCUGGCUAACCAAACCCUCGCCGAAUGUGGAUGUGUCCAUUUUUCAAUGCCACGAACAUCAUCUCAUCCAGUUUGUGGAUAUCGAUCUUUAUCUUGCUUUGACAAAGUCGCAAUUGAUUUUGCUAGUUGGAAAUUUAUGGCAAUGACAAAGUCGAAUAUUAAAAAUGCAUCAUGUAAUGGUAUUUGUUUGCCAACUUGUUUUGAUGUCAAAUACAAAGCAGAGAUUGAACAAGUUCCACUUACAAGUAUUAACCCAUUUUGGCGUGUAGUAGGUUUGACAAUUAAAUUCGAUGAAGACGUCUUCAAUAAUUUUAUACGUACGGAAGUGUACAGUACAACAGAUUUUAUUGCAGAUUGCGGAGGAUUGCUGGGACUUUUUAUGGGUGUUUCGAUUUUGAGUUUGGUGGAACUUGUUUACUAUUUAACCGUUAGACUGUGGUUGAAUUUGAAAGAGAGAAGACAGAUAAAUGCCAGAGAAAUAAAAAAAAAUUUAAAGAAAUAGC